AUGAACAGCGAUCUCCAUCGAUUCGGAGUGUCAUCUCAUUUCAGGGGGCGUUUCCCGAAAUCGUUCUCUCUAAGAAAGAAAGUGCCAUGGUGGUACCAAAUCCUUGAUCCACGUUCAAAGUUCAUUGCACAAUGGAACCGUUACUUCCUAUAUGCAUGCAUUGGCGCUCUGUUCCUCGACCCUCUCUACUUCUACUUCCCUGUCUCCGGAGACAAAGCAUGCAUGGAGACAGACUUGGUCCUCGGCGUCUUCGUCACAUUCUCACGCACAGUCGCCGACCUCUUCUUCCUCUUCCACAUGGUCCUCAAGUUUCGCACCGCCUUCGUUUCUCCCACUUCCCGCGUUUAUGGCCGCAAAGAACUCGUCACCGAUCCCGGCCAGAUCGCCUCUCGCUACCUCAAGUCUGAUUUCAUCGUUGAUCUCUUCGCCACCCUUCCUCUUCCCCAGAUUGUGAUUUGGUUCGUGAUUCCGGCGGUGAAAGAUUCAACGGCAGCUCAUGUGAAUCACACGCUGUCCCUGAUUGUUCUGAUUCAGUAUAUUCCUCGGUCAUUUCAGAUUAUUCCCCUGCAACGGCGAAUCUUGAAGACAAGCGGGCUCAUAACAAAAACUGCAUUGGCAGGGGCAUUGUACAAUCUUGGUUUCUACAUGCUGGCCAGCCAUGUUCUAGGAGCUUCGUGGUAUGUGACAUCCAUUCAGCGCCAGUUCGAGUGUUGGAGAAUAACUUGCAAGAAAGAGAUGAAUAGAACGCACUCUCCAUCUUGUAAUCCUUCGUUUCUCGAUUGUGCUACCCUCGGCAACCACGAACGCCAAGCAUGGUUCAGACGCACUAGAGUCCUCACUGAUUGUGAUGCUCUCAAUGAUAAAAACUUUCAGUUUGGAAUGUUCGCUGAUGCUUUUACUGAUCAUGUCUCUUCAUCAAGAUUCUUCCAGAAAUACUUUUACUGCCUCUGGUGGGGUUUAAAAAAUCUAAGUUCAUAUGGACAAAAUAUUCAGACCAGCACUUACAGUGGUGAAACAUUAUUUUCAAGUUGCAUCUGCAUAGCAGGUCUAAUCCUCUUUGCGCAUCUCAUUGGUAACAUGCAGAACUAUCUACAAUCUACAACUGCAAGACUUGAAGAGUGGAGACUUAGACAAAAAGAUACAGAAGAAUGGAUGAAUCAUCGCCAACUUCCACCAGAACUGCAAGAACGUGUUCGUCGGUUUGUUCAAUAUAAAUGGCUUGCCACUAGAGGUGUAGAUGAAGAAGCCAUUUUGCGAUCUUUGCCUUUGGACCUUAGGCGCCAGAUACAGAGGCAUCUCUGUCUUGAAAUUGUUCGCCGGGUUCCUUUUUUUGGUCAAAUGGAUGAUCAGCUCCUAGAUGCUAUAUGUGAACGCCUUGUUUCAUCCUUGAACACAAAAGACACUCACGUGGUUAGGGAAGGUGAUCCAGUUAGAGAAAUGCUUUUUAUCAUUAGAGGACAAGUAGAGAGCUCCACAACUGAUGGUGGAAGAUCAGGGUUUUUCAACACUAUCACUCUCAGACCCGGUGACUUUUGUGGUGAAGAAUUGCUAACAUGGGCCUUGAUGGCAACUUCUAGUCUUAACCUUCCAUCUUCCACUCGAACAGUUAAGACCCUCACUGAAGUUGAAGCAUUUGCACUUAGAGCUGAGGACCUCAAAUUUGUAGCCAGCCAGUUUAAGCGCCUCCACAGCAAGAAACUCCAACAUGCUUUCAGGUACUAUUCCCAUCAGUGGAGAGCUUGGGGGGCUUGCUUUAUACAAGCUGCUUGGAGACGUCACAGCAAGAGAAAAUUGGCAAUGGAGUUGUUAGAAAAAGAGAACUUGUACUACACAAAUGUGAUGGAGCUAGAAGAUGAUGAAGAAACUAGUGCAGGAGAAAGUUCAAUGGGGGAUAUUGCUAGCCUUACUCAGAAUCUUGGGGCUACAGUUUUGGCUUCAAAAUUUGCUGCAAACACUAAAAAAGGGGCAAUUAAAAAGGUAUCAAUCCCUGAUUCUGACAGUUUAAAGAUGCCCAAGAUGUUCAAGCCAACAGAGCCUGAUUUCUCAAAAUUCCAAGAUUAGCUGAAGUCACAUCUGAGGACCGAAUUAAGAUUGGGAACAUAAGGCUUUCUUGAUUCCUGUUUCUUUGUAUCUAUCUAGUUAUUUCUCAAAAUACCAAGAAACAGAGAAUUUUCUCUCAAUAGUUUAUCUAAGUUGUUGCAUAUA